AUGGAGUCUACCCAAGAUUUAGAUAAUCCAUAUACUUCGAGCUAUGGUCUCCCGAACAAUUCUUACUUAGUACCUCCCCUCAGUACUAGUGAUUCCGUCGACGAACCAUCGAAUACCAACUCCACCAACCAGGCGUCCUUGCUUUCGACAUUUUUGGGUUCCCUACCUUUGCUUCUGGCGUAUCCAAUUAUAUUCUUGUCCCAUCACUUGAAUGCUACAUCCAGUAUUGACUCCGGAAAUAUUGGAACUAGCAUACUAUUGAAUGUUUUCCUUUCAUCUGCAUUUAUACUAAUUGCUACAUUUUUCACUAGGCUUUCAAUUUUCCUACUGACAAAUCCCGGCAGUGGCCAGGAAGGUACAGGAUCAAAAUCUAACGUGUUUACAACUCUUACAUUAUUGACUGGUGCAUUUUUGAUACAAUUUUCCUCAUCAUAUUUGCUGUUUACUAGGGCAGCUUUGUUAUGCAUUGGAUUGGUUUUAGACCCGUGGAAUCUUUAUACGAUAUUUUCGUUCACUGGAGACUGCUACAAGUAUAGAGGCGACCAGAGUGCAAUAAUUAGAAUAAUUUCAGCGUAUGCAUUGCUCAUCAUUGGGUUCUACAUUAUGAUAAGGAAGUUGAAAGCUGCAUCCUUAAACUUAAUUUUGAUGAAUGUGUCGAAGUCCGUUUUGUUUGGUAUUGCCUUUGUGACUGGCUUUACUAUUAUAUUCUAUAAGCGAGAAUACAUAAGCCUUAGUAUUCUCGGCGUGAAUUUGGCUAGUUGGGCAGUGUUUCUUAUAGCAUCCCAGGAAAUCGAUAUCAAGAAGAAUCGGUUCAAUCCCUUGAUUGUGGCAGUUCUAUCCACCGUGUUUGAAUACAUCGUUUCGGGACAGGGCCUCCUGAUUGAACAAGGUAUUAACAGUGCUUUAACAUUAAUCAUUAAGCCACGAUUUGAAAGUCUGUUGAACGUGGAGACUGGUAAGGGAUACAAAAAGCCAUCUUCAAUAUUAAGGCAGUUGAUAAGUCAUGAGGAUAACCGAGCAAUAUUCAAUUUUUUGCUUUUAAAUUUGAGUUUUAUGUUCGUACAAUUCCUUUAUUCCUUCAGAUCCAGAUCCUUGGGACUACUUUCCGACUCGUUGCACAUGGCUCUAGAUUGUAUGUCUCUUGCCUUGGGAUUGGUUGCUGGGAUUCUUUCAAAGCACGAGAUUGAUCCAAAUGGGAAAUAUCCCUUUGGCUUGCGCAAUUUUGAAAUUUUAGCUGGUUUCACCAAUGGAACUCUUUUAAUUGGAAUAAGUGGAUCAAUCAUGUUCGAAGCAAUAGGAAGAUUAUUUAAUCCAAUCCGUUUACAAAGAACCAAUGAAUUGAUUAUUGUUUCUAUUUUGGGGCUUUUAGUUAAUUUGGUAGGAAUUUUUGCAUUCAAUCACGGUCAUUCCCAUUCCCAUUCCCAUUCACACUCGCAUUCUCAAGCCCACGCACACUCGCAUUCACAUGCACAUUCACAUUCCCACGCGUCUUCUGAGAGCAACAGUAUUGAUAAUGUUCCCAAGGACAAAGAGGUCCAUGAUAAGCAUCUGCACGAUGGCCAUGAUGCUGAUGAUCAUGGACACGGUCACAUGAAUGACAACAUGAGAGGAAUCUUCUUACAUAUUUUGGCAGAUGCAUUGGGUUCAGUGGGAGUGGUUAUUUCCACAAUAUUAACGAGGAUAUUCCAAUGGGAAGGAUUUGAUCCCACUGCUUCGUUAAUAAUUGCAUUCAUGAUUUUCAUUUCUGCGGUCCCAUUAAUAAAGUCAACCGCAUCGACUUUACUUUUGAAGAUAGGCAAGAAGAGAGAAGACCAAAUUAGAGGGGCUUUACAUGACAUCUCAGAGAUUAAAGGCGUGCGAUCAUUUACUACUCCACGAUUUUGGCCAAAUUCGGAAAAUUCUAUAAAUGGUUACGUCCACAUACAAAUCUACCGAGGAGAGAAUAGUUCCUUUAUCAAAAGACAAUGCGAACGAAUAUUUGAAAGUGUUUCGAUUGAUGUAAUGAUUCAAAUUGAAAAUGAUUAUGAUGAUUGUUGGUGUAGAAGUUAG